AAUUCUCGGCGCCGGAAAUCCGGGACACGUGACCAAGUGACAGCGCUCGCUCGGUGGCGGGGCUCGCUAGAGGUGCUGCGGCACGGCACGGGAUGGCGGAGGCGCCUCCGGUCUCAGGUACUUUUAAAUUCAAUACAGAUGCUGCUGAGUUCAUUCCUCAGGAGAGAAAAAAUUCUGGUCUAAAUUGUGGGCCCCAAAGAAGACUAGACUCUAAUAGGAUUGGCAGAAGAAAUUACAGUUCCUCACCUCCCUGUCACCUCCCUAGGCAGGUCCCUUAUGAUGACAUCUCUGCUAUUCAUCAGCACAGUUACGCCUCUGGAAGCAAACCUAAGAGUCACCAGGCUUUUUUCCAGUUGUCUAAUAAGUCACUCAAGAACCAUGGCCUUCAGAAUCAGCCAUGGCAGAAGCUGAGGAGUGAAAAGCACCAAAGCAGAGUCAAGAAAGCACAAGGGCUCACUGAGCAGACAUCAGAUGCGUCUAGCUUAGAAAGCGUGGCCAGGUCAGAGAGUGGGACGGACCCUAGGGAGCACAGCCCUUCUGAGAGCGAGGCAGACGUGGUUAUUGCAGAUCCCAGGGGCGCAAAGCCCAAGAAGGCAGCCCAGCUUACGUACAGCUAUGGCAGAGGACCAAAGGCCAAAGGCAAACUCAAAUGCGAGUGGGGAAGCAGAGUGAGCCCCAAGUCUGAGGAUGACACCAGCAGGCCUGUGGGCGUUCCCCAUGCCGACUUCUCAGAGGCACCCUGUAGAAAAGCUGUAGUGGAUGGAUGUGUGUCAAGACGGAAUGAGCAGAGAAGAUACCCACAGAAAAGGCCUCCCUGGGAAGUGGAGGGUGCCCGACCACGACCAGGCAGGAACCCACCCAAACAAGAGAGUCAGCGACAUAUAAAUUCAGGGCCCAAAAACAACAUGCCCCCCAUCCCAAAGGACAAUCUCAGAGAAAGACUGACGAAGUCAGCCUGUGACACCGGGAAUCUGGCAGUUGUCAACAAGUCUUCCAGAAGAGUUGGCCAAGAGAAGAACACUACGCGCAGACAGGACCCUCAAGUGCUCUCUCCGUUCCCCAGAGGCAAACAGAACCAUAUGCUGAAGAAUGUGGAAACACACACAGGUUCCCUAAUUGAGCAGCUAACUACAGAAAAAUACGAGUGUAUGGUGUGCUGUGAGUUGGUUCAAGUUACAGCCCCAGUGUGGAGCUGCCAGAGCUGUUUCCACGUCUUUCAUUUGAACUGCAUAAAGAAAUGGGCCCGCUCUCCAGCAUCUCAUGCAGAUGGCCAGAGUGGUUGGAGGUGCCCUGCUUGUCAGAAUGUUUCUGCACAUGUUCCUAAUACCUAUACUUGUUUCUGUGGCAAAGUAAAGAAUCCUGAAUGGAGCAGAAAUGAAAUUCCACAUAGUUGUGGUGAGGUUUGUAGGAAGAAACAGCCUGGCCAGGACUGUCCACACUCCUGUAACCUUCUCUGCCAUCCUGGACCCUGCCCACCCUGCCCUGCUUUUACGACUAAAACCUGUGAAUGUGGACGGACCAGGCAUACAGUUCGCUGUGGUCAGGCUGUCUCAGUUCACUGUUCUAACGCCUGUGAGAAUAUUUUGAACUGUGGUCAGCACCACUGUGCUGAGCUGUGCCAUGGGGGUCAAUGCCAGCCUUGCCGGAUCAUAUUAAACCAGGUGUGCUACUGUGGCAGCACCUCCCGAGAUGUGUUAUGUGGAACAGACGUGGGAAAAUCGGAUGGAUUUGGAGACUUCAGCUGUUUAAAGAUAUGUGGCAAAGACUUGAAAUGUGGGAGCCAUACCUGUUCGCAAGUGUGCCACCCUCAACCUUGUCAACCUUGCCCACGGCUCCCCCAUUUGGUGAGAUGUUGUCCUUGUGGCCAAACACCUCUCAGCCAGUUGCUGGAACUUGGAAGUAAUGGUCGGAAAACAUGCAUGGAUCCUGUUCCUUCAUGUGGAAAAGUGUGUGGCAAACCCUUGUCCUGUGGUUCCUCAGAUUUCAUCCAUACCUGUGAAAGGCUCUGCCAUGAAGGAGACUGUGGACCAUGCUCUCGCACAUCAGUUAUCUCCUGCAGAUGCUCUUUCAGAACAAAGGAGCUUCCAUGUACCAGUCUUAAAAGUGAAGAUGCUACAUUUAUGUGUGACAAGCGGUGUAACAAGAAACGAUUGUGUGGACGGCAUAAAUGUAACGAGAUAUGCUGUGUGGACAAGGAGCACAAGUGUCCUUUGAUUUGUGGCAGGAAACUCCGUUGUGGCCUUCAUCGGUGUGAAGAGCCUUGUCACCGAGGGAACUGUCAGACCUGCUGGCAAGCCAGUUUUGAUGAAUUAACCUGCCACUGUGGCGCCUCUGUGAUCUACCCACCAGUUCCCUGUGGGACUAGGCCUCCUGAGUGUACCCAAACCUGUGCCAGAAUCCAUGAAUGUGACCAUCCAGUGUAUCAUUCUUGUCAUAGUGAGGAGAAGUGUCCCCCUUGUACGUUCCUAACUCAGAAGUGGUGCAUGGGCAAGCAUGAGUUACGAAGCAACAUCCCCUGUCACCUGGUUGAUAUCUCUUGCGGACUACCCUGCAGUGCCAUGCUACCCUGUGGGAUGCACAAAUGUCAAAGACUCUGUCACAAAGGAGAAUGCCUUGUGGAUGAGGCCUGCAAGCAGCCCUGUACCACACCCAGAGCUGACUGCGGCCACCCAUGUAUGGCACCCUGCCACCCCAGUUUACCCUGCCCUGUGACAGCUUGUAAAGCCAAGGUAGAGUUACAGUGUGAAUGUGGGAGAAGAAAAGAAAUGGUGAUCUGCUCUGAAGCAUCCGGGACCUAUCAAAGAAUAGCUGCUAUUUCUAUGGCCUCUAAAAUAACGGAAAUGCAGCUUGGAGAUUCAGUGGAGAUUAACAAGUUCAUUACCAAGAAGGAAGUCCAGCAAGCCAGGCUGCAGUGUGAUGAGGAGUGUUCUGCCUUGGAAAGGAGGAAGAGGUUGGCAGAGGCAUUUGACAUCACUGAUGAUUCUGAUCCUUUCAAUGUACGUUCUUCAGCAUCAAAAUUCAGUGAUAGUCUGAAAGAUGAUGCCAGAAAAGACCUAAAGUUUGUCAGUGACAUUGAGAAGGAAAUGGAAACGCUCGUGGAGGCCGUGAAUAAGGGAAAGAGUCUUAAGAAAAGUCACUGCUUCCCCCCCAUGAACAGAGACCACCGCCGCAUCAUCCAUGACCUGGCCCAAGUCUACGGCCUGGAGAGCAUGAGCUAUGACAGUGAACCAAAGCGCAAUGUCGUGGUCACUGCCGUCAGGGGGAAAUCCAUUUGCCCUCCCACCACGCUGACCAGUGUGCUUGAAAGGGAAACCCAGACGCGGCCUCCACCACCAAUUCCUCAUCACCGACACCAGACAGACAAGAACCCUGGGAACAGUAAUUUACAGAAGAUAGCUAAGGAGCCAGUGAUUGACUACUUCGAUGUCCAAGACUGAGAAGAUAGAUGCAUUUAGAUAAAAGAAUGAUUCUGUGUAGCGGAGACUCAUUUGCCAGAAGAUAAAUCAUGCUCAUUCCUGCUGCACGGCAGAACCCCAGACACACACUGUCUUGUGCUGAUACAUCCAAAGCAUGAGUGUCAGAACCCCCUUGUCUACUCCUGUCCCAAGUAUCUCACUGUGGCCAGCUCCCUGGCUGUGUAGCCACUGGAUUUUUAGUUGUGUGAUUGAAGAGGCUCCUCACCUCAUCACUGUGAUUACUAAGAGGGUUAGGGAGUAUUGUAUUUUAUUUGGAUAAGCCAGAAUUUUUAUCCCAAACUAGCUUUGUGGCAGUUAGCCAUAGUCUUGGUUGUCCAGUUGCUCACCAGGUGGACUUGACAGUUUUCAUGUGGAAAGACACAUGAAGGACUGACCAUUGGUAAACCAUGUCUGGAAUCAUACAGGUCUUAGACCAUCUUAUCUAAGACUUGGACCGAAAACUCUAGAUUGGUCAGGUUAUAGAAUUACAUUUUCUCAAGUCCCUGGCAUUCUCCCACCACAUCACGAGCCUACCCAGGGACAGUUUAACUGUGCCCCAUAAUGCUAAGAGCUUGGAGCAAUGUUACGUUGUGGGUCUGUGAACUGUCCACUGUAGCCCUGAGUCCACUCUGGUUGAUAAAGACUUUCACGCAGA